CAUUCAAUAGUUAAGUAAAGUUCAACGGAGAAGCUGCUUAAUUUAAACAACAUGAAACUUCUUAUAAUUUUUGCUGUAGUCAUUUUGGCAGCGCUAGUCUCCGGAGAAUCCAGCCAAAAACAUAACGUUGUUUGGGGCGUCGCUGGUGAAGGUGAUGUCCGGUUGACCCGUAGUUUUGUUAAGAUGGGAUCUAAAUUCUUGAGGAAGGUUCAAAAAGUUUUGGAAUAUUCUGGCAAGGAUGGUUACGUUAUAACCAGCGUUCGUUGUUAUGAUCAGAGCACUGAUGGUGAAGGCGGGUACGCAACUUUACUGAGGGGUGGUCCUGGAUUUAAAUCCGUAGAGAUUAAUUUCAAAUCUCAGAGAGGACAUGGUCUGAAUUUUGUUGUGGAUAUAAUCGGAAAGAAAAGUGACGGCAAGAACGACGUCCCAGCUGGUCCAGUGCUAAAUGACAUAGGAGAUAUUCCAGAGCCGAUGGAUGAUUAGAAGGCAUAUCUAAGGAAUACAUUAGAAUUGAAUUUAUAUCCACAGUUUAUUGGAAUAUUAGGUCUAAAUUGUAUUUUCUCGAUUCUUGAAGUAAAUGUUUUUAUGGAGUUUCAUUUACUCCAUUGGUA